GGACAAGAGGUCAAAACUGAGGUCCCUAGGGCAGCAGAGGCCGGCUUAUAUACAGGGGAAGAUAAGGGCAGGCUGUGUGCGCUGGUCCGUGCGCAGCUGGUCCGUGCGCAGCAUGCCGACGCGGCCCCGAGGGCCGUAGAUAACGACAUGUCCGUAUCAGGCAGG